AUGCCGCCUCGUCCCGCACGAGCGCGGCCUGUGCCGCAGAGCAGCACGACAUCUAUCUCAAGCAGCGGCGUGCAACCAGUCGUCAUUGAGCCCGUCGCCGGGCCGAGCGCCUCUCGAGCUCUCGACAUCGACACCCUGUGCACGCCUCCCGACACCCUCGCCCUGUACUCGAACGAGGUCCGCGAGUUCUUCGCCGCCGCGCUCGACCGCACCGGCGCCUCGAUCGACACGCUCCUGCCCCAGCUCGAGAAGCUCGUCGACAAGAUCUCGGCCGACCGCCGUGCCGCGCGGGACAAGGACGAGUACCUCGCAUACUACCUCCUCGGCCUCGACGAGGCCGUGACCGCUCGCCUUUCGGGCCACGCGCUCGUCAAGUGGACGAGGCGGACGUGCAGGGCGGGCGGCGACGUCCUUGACGAGGAGGGCGAGGGCGAGGACGAGGACGAGCAGGGCACGUCGACGGCGGCGGCCAAGGGCAAGGGCAAGGCGGUCGAGGGCUGGAUGGCCAAGUGGAGGGAGUCGAGGGUCCUCUUCGCGACGUCGGUCCAGCAGGCCGAUGAGAUCUGCCGCCUGUACACGCCGUACGGCUCCUACGCCAACUUCCCGUGGGCCAACGCCAUGCCGGCUCGCACCCUCGGCGCCCAACGCGACCGCACGACAGUCCUCCGCUGGAUCUGCCAUCUCGGCACUCGUGGCAAGCAGCUCGAGCCGGUCCCGUCGCACGACAAGGUCCAGGAGAUCGCCGUCACCCUCACCGGGCGCGCCGAGAAGGAGAACCGGUGGACGACGAGGGACGGGCGGUACGGGCCGCACCACCUCAAAAAGGCCAAGAAGACGAUGGUCGCAGACUGGCCUGACCUCAAGGUUCUCUACGGGCCCGACCCACUUCCUCCUCCUUCGUCCGCGACAACCGCCGCCGCCGCACCGCACCUCGCUCCCGCCGCCGCCUCGAGCGCGCAGGCUCCCGCUCCCUCCUCCACCGCCGCCGCCGCCACCUCUUCGUCCUCGUCCUCGUCCUCCCUCGCCGACACCGCCGGCGCAGCGACCGCCUCGAUCGACGUCGACCCGCAGCACGGCGACGCGCCCGGAUCCCGCGCUCGUUCGGGCGCCGACCAGGCCAAGGCGCCCUCGCUCGCCAAGAAGAAGCGCUCGCGCGCCCCGGUCGGCCCUCGUCCCGCUGCCGCCGCUCCGUCGACGAGCAGCGACAGCGAGCGCGACGACGAGCGCGACGGCACAUCGAGCAAGAGCGGCGAGGGCGAGCAGGAUGGCGAGGGCGAGGGCGACCGCGUCGUGCCCGAGCCCGAGCCCGAGCCCGAGCCUGAGCCCGCCCGCCUCGCCUCGCGCGCCAACGCUCGCGCUCGUCGCCGCGCCGGUGCCCGCGCCGAGUCGUCGAGCAGCGAGGACAAGGAGGGCGGCACCUCGAGCGAGGGCGAGCACGAGCGCGCCGAGCCCGGGCCCGAGCGCGAGCGCGAGCCCGCCCGCCUCGCCUCGCGCGCCGCCCACGCUCGCGCUCGUCGCCCCGCCAGCGCUCGCGCCGAGUCGUCGAGCAGCGAGGACGGGCAGGGCGCGACCUCGAGCGAGGGCGAGGGCGAGCGCGCCGAGCCCGGGCCCGAGCGCGAGCGCGAGCCCGCCCGCCUCGCCUCGCGCGCCAAUGCUCACACGCCGCGCCGCGUCAGCGCUCUCGCCGAGUCGUCGAGCAGCGAGGACGGGCAUGGUGCCACCUCGAGCGAGAGCGACGGCGACGGCGCCGGGCCCCAGCCUGAGCCCGCCGGCCUGCCCGAGAACGGCGCUCGCAACGGCGUCCUCGCCGCCGCCGCCGGGCCGAGCGCGAGCGGGCCCCUCGCCGCCGCCAAGCUCGACCCGCGCGAGCUCGGCAAGUUGCGCGAGCUCGGCAAGCUGCCCUCGCGUGGCGCGCCGCGAGCGUCCAAGGACGUCGUCCUCCGCGCGAGCCGGGCGGCCAACGGCGUCACGUCGGCGGGCGGCCAUGUCGCCGGCGCCGCCGUCAAAGUCGGCGACGCGUCGAGUGCACGUCGGGUCGCUCGUGACGACGACGGCGGCGCCGAGCAGCCCGCGCCUGUGCGCGAAAAGUUCCGGGUCGAUCUCGUGCCGCCGGGGCACGUGCUCGACGACAUCCACGACCUCGUGCGCGGCGAGUCUCCUCGCGCGCCGUACCUGCGCCGGGACGUCACGUACGCCGUCCUCAAUGUUCACCCGGCUCGCCUCCAGAUCGAGCGCAUCCGCGAGGACAUCGCCAAGACGCCGCCGGCGCAGCGCGGCAAGCUCGAGGACAUCGUCGAGCACGUCGUUGGGCCUCGCGACGAUGUUCGAAGCGCCCUGCACCUGCCCUCUCUCGCCGAGCAGGCAGCGGCGCUCGAGCCAGGACUGCCGUCGAGCGAGUCCGCCGUCACCCUGACGCUGCAGCAGCUCGCGGUGGACAGCUUCGACGAGCUGUGCCGCGAUCUCCGACUGUUCCUGUGGCUGCGGCUUCAGGACGGGCGGUUGAUCGACGCUCAGCAGGACAAGGUGUGGCGGCUGGGGGGGCGCACGCCGGUCAUCAGCCGCCGCGACGGGCUCGUCAUCGGCUGGAGGAACGCCCACGGCGUCCUGUACGACGACGAGGAGGGCGGCGACCCGUCGGACAACCCGUACUUCGAGCAGCCGGCGUGGGAGGCGCCCGACUACCACUACGACGACGAGCCGUUGCCCGAGCAGCCCGACGGCGAGGACGACGCGGCGCCGACCGCCAACCAGUCGUCCAAGGUCAAGGGCGCCGGCACAGUCGCGAGCGACGACGUCAAGGACGACGACGACGACCAAGGCGACUCGACCGCCGACGACUCGACCGCCGACGACUCGACCGCCGACGACUCGACCGCCGACGACUCGACCGCCGACCAUUCGGCCGUCGACGACUCGACCGACGAGCGCUCGCUCGAGCACAAGGUCAAGUCGGCCGAGCGCAACGACGACGACGAGUCGGCGCUCGAGGGCGAGCAGGACGACGAGCGAGCCGUCGAGGUCGCGUCCUCGACCGGGAGCGACGACUCGGACGAGGAGGGCGAGGGCGGAGCCGAGCACGGUGCAGCGGUGGAGGAGCUGGACGAGCAGGCGCGCCGGGACGCGCUGCGGGACGACGUCCGGCGCCCUCGCGCGAGAUCUGCGGCGCCCGCCGUCGCCGCCGCCGUCGAGGAGGCCUCGGAUGAGGGCUCGGAUGAGGGCUCGGGCGAGAGCUCGGAGGAGGACUCGGACGAGUCGUCGCGCGUGCGGGAGGAGGAGCGAGAGAGGUGGAGCGACGAGGACGAGGCCUGAGGCGCCCGAGCCGUCGACCGAG